GACAAGCUGCAUUUACGACCAUUAUACCCAGAAUACCGUCAGCAAUGUCCGCUGUCUAUAUCGCCUCCAUCGCCAGAACGCCAAUUGGCACCUUCCAAGGUGGAUUGGCCAAGUUCUCCGCCGUUCAGCUCGGCAUUCACGCUUACAAAGCGGCCCUCGACAAAGUUCCUGAUGUCAAGCCGACCGAAGUUUUCCUCGGAAACGUCUUGUCAGCAAACUUGGGACAGGCUCCCGCUCGUCAAGUCGCCCUUGGUGCAGGCCUUCCCUCUUCGACUGUCUGCACGACAGUGAACAAGGUGUGCUCGUCAGGAAUGAAGUCCAUCAUCUUCGGUGCGCAGUCCAUUCUCCUUGGUGAGAAUGAGGUUGUUGCAGCAGGAGGAGCAGAAAGCAUGACGAAUACGCCCUACUACUCUACAACGGCUCGAUCCGGUGCCCGUUACGGCCACACUCAGCUCAUCGACGGAAUCGUCCGUGAUGGACUUAGUGACGCCUACGACAACAGCGCCAUGGGUAUUGCUGGAGAUGUAUGCGCCAACGAAUAUGGUUUGACAAGAGAAAUGCAAGAUGAAUAUGCCAUCAGGAGUUAUGAGCGCAUCGGCGAGGCGAACACGAAGGGAUACUUUGCGGACGAGAUUGCCGCAAUUGAGGUUCCACAAGGUCGAGGAAAGCCAAACAAGAGGAUGGAGCAGGAUGAGGAGGCUACAAGGCUGAACGUCGAUAAGCUUCGGGGCGCGAAGCCCGUGUUCUCCAAGGAUGGCACUGUCACGGCGGCUAAUGCCUCGCCCAUCAGCGACGGAGCAAGUGCUACGAUCCUUGUGUCUGAGAAGGAGAUCAAGCGUCUUGGCCUUAAGCCAUUGGCUAAGAUUCUUGGAUGGGGUGAAGCCGCUCAGGAUCCCAUCAAGUUUACUACUUCCCCCGCUCUUGCCAUUCCGAAGGCGAUCAAGCAUGCUGGUCUUACCGCAAAGGACAUCGACUACUACGAAGUGAAUGAGGCUUUCUCCGCCGUUGGGUUGGUAAAUAUGAAACUGCUCGAGUUGGGACCAGAUGUUUUCAAUGUUUUCGGUGGUGCCGUUGGAAUGGGCCAUCCCAUUGGUGCUUCCGGUAGCAGAAUCGUCAACACGCUGAUCAGCGUACUCCGACACAAGGGCGGCAAGCGAGGUGUUGCCGGUAUCUGCAAUGGUGGAGGAGGUGCCUCGGCUAUCGUGCUGGAGUUGGUUGAUUAA